UUCCGCCGCAAGCACAGGUUUCGCCACCACAAUGGCCAGGAGUUUUCCCCAUGGCCUGGCCAGGAUUCAAUCCCUGUAUUUCAUGGCCAUAUUUCGCCCAGCUGGGACAGUUUACAGGAGGAUGCAUGCCUCAAUCCAUAGGAGGGUGCGCGAACGCUUCAGGCCAAGGAGGAGAACAGCAACAGCAGCAGGCAGCCGCGCCUCAGAAUAGCCAACCUAAUCAAGGGGCUGGUCAAGGACAAGGCCAUCAGCAAGGAGGAAAUGGACAGGGUGGCCAAGGGCGAGGAGGAGGAGGUCGUGGCCGUGGGUUUGGCAAUGGUGGUCAAGGAGGAAGAGGUGGAGGUUGGAAUGGGCAAGGAGGAGGCGAUAGGCCUCGAUUUGAUUGGAGGAAUGUCACUUGCCACCAUUGUGCGCAGAAAGGACAUACUUUGAAGUUUUGCCAAAUCCGAAAGAUGGACGAGGAGGAGAGACUGAUAUCUUCGAACUUGGAUGGAGACAUCUAUGACAAAUUCGGAGAGUGUAUAGAUCCCAAGGUUCCAGGCGGCAUUCGAAAGGAGGCGCUCCGAUGUGCUAAUCAGCAGCUUGCUCCUCGUGCUAUGUUCAGACUAUGUCUGGAAGAGGAGGUGGAUAAAGGAGACGACGAGGAGGAUGUUGGAGUAAGAACAGCAGGAGAUAAUAGUGAGAAGGGAGGUGUGGUAGAGCGAGGGAAGGAUGAAGAAAACUGUCAGGAGACAGUGGGAGAGACUAUGCGGCACAUGGAAAGCCUCUUGGGGAAAAUGCAGAGGCUAAACUCGGAACUGAGGACAAUUUGUGAUGAGAUAAGUAAACCAAUGGUUUACUUAUUGGGAUCUCAAACAGGGUCAUCAGGUGCUAAGCCAGCAUGCGGAACUUUGAGGAAAACUGAGAAGUUGCGGAAGCUUGUGCGCCAGGAUCAAGAAUGGGAGUGGGAUGAGAAGCAAGAAAAGGUAGUGUAUGAACUAAAGGAGGAAUUUAGAGAUGGAGGUUUGGUGCUCGGCGUACCCGAUUUUGAAGCAACUCUUACUCGUCCUUUCAUUGUGGAGACGGAUGCAGGGCCAACAACUUUGGGAGGUGUGCUCAUACAGGCUGACGUCAAUGGCGAGGAGAGGCAUCUGAAGUUCGAGAGCCGGACUCUGAAUAGGGCCGAAAGGAAUUAUUCACAGUUCAAGCGUGAGACGCUUGCGGUCCUCCACUGCCUGAGGAUAUUUCGCAAUUACCUCUUUGGCAGGAGAUUCAUAUUGAGAGUGGAUCCGACUGCAUUGGCAGGAUCAUUGAAAAACUAUGCCCCGUUAGACCCUACUAUUGCUAGGUGGCUCACAUACAUAUGGAUGUUUGAUUUUGAGUUGGAGCGCAUUCCAGAGGAUAGAAAUCGGGCUGACGGGAUAAGCCGCAUAAACUGGGAUAAGAGUGAGGGAGAGGCCAAGGAGGGCACGCCUCCGGUUGAUGCAUUCCUCGAUGAAGAAGAGGAUGUAAGGCUUCAUAUUAAUGCAUGUGCGGUUGGAAUAAGUGAAGUAGUAAGACAAGGGGAAUCGACUUUUCUUGCGCCAGCAGGCUAUGUGAAGCGGCCAGAGAUAGUCCUCAAGACUUUUGAGGAGGAAGAUCCAUGGGGAGUUAAAGAUGUGGAAUGGAUGAAAAAACUCGCUUUGGCAGAAACAUAUCGACUAUCUAAAGAACGAUUGACUAUUGAAGAAGAGAUUCAUGCGAUUGAGGCGCAUGCUAUGCAUGAGGCGGAUGUCAAUUUCCUUGUUAAUUCGAUACUACAAGUGCAGGAGGGUGUGAGUAGAAGUCAGGAUCCUGUAAAGGAUAUGGAAGAGGACGAGUUUGAGGAAGGAGAAAUAACAAAAGCGUUUUGUGCAGAGGAAUAUGAUGGCGUGUAUCGGGAAUUGGGGUUGCUUCUCUCGUGUGAGAUCAGGGAGAGAGAGGCUUUCCUAAAGGUGCAUGAGUUGCGGCCGCGAUUUGUAGUGCGUGAUGGACACCUCUUUAUCAAAAACGAGGUUGUAAAUCCAAGGCGAGUGAUUUGCGGGAGACAUCGUCAGAUCGAUGUGAUAGCAGCGCUGCACGAUGGACCUGCUGGAGGCCAUAGAGUUUUUGCGCUUACUUAUGCUAAGGCGCGCGAGCUUUACUACUGGGAAGGUUUUGUGGAUGAGAGGAUCAUCCGCAAUAAGACAGGUGAGACUCUGGYUAURUGCAYCAUGGAAUACUUUCUYAGAUAUCCCUUURUCAUGGAGUUYGUGAUGGACAKAGGUUCCGAGUUCACCUGUGGAGAGGUAAAGGACUUGCUGCGGGGAUAUGGUGUGAAGGCAAGCUAUACGACGAGGGCUCAUCCACAGGCGAAUGCUCCGGUGGAAAGGGGAUAUACCACCCUUACAAACUUAUUGGCAAAGUGGAUGGAUGGUAAAGAAAAUCAGUGGCCUAAGCAUCUGCGUGCAGCCUUCUUCGUGGAAAAUAUUACAAUCAAGAGGUUCACGAAGUAUGCCCUAGCGACUUUAUGGUAUGGAAGGCACGCUACGCUUCCUAUAGAGAGCUUUCUGACGACGUGGAGGCGGCAGGAUAUGGAGACCAACUUGACCUUCGAAGAAUUGUUGGAUCUGCGGGCAAGGCAGGGAGGAGAAGAGCAACAUGAUAUCUCGCGUGUGCAUCAUAUGGAGAGAGGAGCGGAUUAUCGUGAAACAGCUGUAGAGGCUGCUCAUGAGGAGAGAGCCAGUGUCGUUGAGAGGCCAGCUGAGGCUACAACAGGAGGAGAGGAGGCUAUAUUACCUACGAGUGAGUGGCAUGACGGCUCGCCGGCGCCGAGUGUGGAGAUAGUGCGAGAGCUCGAGGCAGAAAGAGGUGGUCAGGAGGAGACUCAGAGAGUGGAGGAGAUUGUUCAGCCAGUUGAGACGGCUGUGGCCCCAGACAUGGGAGCGGAUACGUUGGGAGGUUCGCUACCUCAGCAGGAGAGUGUGUCCCGAGCAUCGUCAGGAGAUAGGGGAGAUCGACCGCUGAGGUGGAGAGACACCCAUGGCCACUACAUUGAUGUACGGCAAGAGCAGCAGGGGGAGGUUGAGACAUUGCUAUCGCUAGGGGAGCUGCCUGCGUUGGAGGAGGCUCAGACGGGUGAGGAGCCGCAGAGAUCAGAGGAUUCCCUGAUUACCCUACUAUAUACUAUUGAGUCCCCUAGCCUGUUGAUGCAGCAGGAAGAGUCCCAAUUGGCGGACGGAGAGAGAGAGACGCAACGUAUAGAAGAUGAGGUGCUGAGGAUAGACCCGGGGGCCCACAUGGAUGAUCUCCACGCAGACGGCUUGGUGUCGUCACGGCUAGUCUUCGAUGAGACUCCUCGUCGAGAUGACAAGAGAGAGGGAGGCAGUAUGGAUGCUCAUGCCGGGACAUAUAUGAGGUCUACUCAGGAUGAGCCGGAGACGCAGAGAGGGGAACCCUCAACUGAGAUACAGAGGGCAGAGGAGCGCGAGCAGGAUGGAGGAGAUACAUGGUUAGCUGAGGAGAUGAGGAGGAUGCCGCCAUUACGUUUCCCUAGCUGGGAGGCUUUUGAGCAGAGGGACUACAUCGCCAGAGGCCUUACUGCAGCACGCCAGGCGACUCAGGAUAUGAGAGACUAUGCUCGGAGAGUCGCUACUAGGUCCUUUGAGUUGUGCAGUGAAAGACGGGAGGAACACAAGGCUUUGGGGGCAUUGGUGGAGGACAUCCGUUCCCUGGUAGAGAGGAGAGAAGUUCAAACUUUAGAGGAGGCUGAGGCGGUGUUGCGUAUCCAAGCAAGGGAAGCAAGUGGCUGGAGGGCACAGGUACAGAGGGUGCUUAAAGAGUAUGAGCCUCCCGCAAACGCAUCAGACAGGGAUCGUUUGGAGCGCAGAGUCGUCCUCGAGACCGUGCGUACCUCUCAGUUGGAGAGCCAGGUAUCAACCCUGGUCAGGCUGAGGAGAGAGACGGAGAAGCGGACAAUGCAGCUGUUCUACGAGGAUGCUGCCGCAGCCGGAUAGCAGGAGGAGGUUAGACUGCGACGACAAAUGGGAGCAGAACCCAUGCCGAUA